AAUGAAUACUUAGGGUGUCAAGCGUCUGCAAGGAUGGACGCAUGCGCAAGAGGGAUGCUGGUAGGGGAAAUGGAAGUAGAGGAGGCGGAUAAUCAGUCGUCACGUAAACACACGCCUUGAAAAGCUGGGAGGCGUGCCUCUAUUUUUGCAUCCCACCCCCUAUAUAAGCGGGGAGGCGACCACCUGCCAACCCAUUCGUUCCUGAACAGAAACGAACCAUCAUCAUGCCUGAGCCAGCGAAAUCAGCGCCCAAGAAGGGCUCCAAGAAAGCCGUCUCCAAGACUGCCGCGAAGGGAGGCAAGAAGCGCAGAAAGUCAAGGAAGGAGAGCUAUGCCAUCUACGUGUACAAAGUGUUGAAACAGGUCCACCCCGAUACCGGCAUCUCGUCCAAGGCCAUGGGAAUCAUGAAUUCCUUUGUCAACGACAUUUUCGAGCGUAUCGCCGGAGAGUCUUCCCGCUUGGCGCACUACAACAAGCGUUCAACCAUCACAUCCAGGGAGAUUCAGACCGCCGUCCGCCUCCUGCUUCCCGGGGAGCUCGCUAAGCACGCCGUGUCCGAGGGCACUAAGGCUGUGACGAAGUACACCAGCUCCAAGUAAACGGGUGCCAUUUGACUUCCCUGUAAUACCCCAAAGGCUCUUUUAAGAGCCACCCACAUUACCUUUUAAAUGUGCCAAUUUCCUUUUGGGCCUGUCACUGUGAAGAUUCUGACCCUAUAUAGGGUUUAACAUUGACUGAAAACAUAACUGUGGUGUCUUGCAACCCAUUAGCCUACUCAAUUAAGAAUUCCCAGAUUUGAGUAGUGGGAGGCAAGUGUAGCUGCAAUGUGACCUGAAUAGUAUGGUAAUACUGUCCCACCUGACUAUUUCUGAGGGGAGUACUGUAGCCUACUCUGAUGAAUUCAGCACAGAUGAUAUUCACCCAACAUUGUAUUCAUAGCCUGCCCAUGUCUAUAUUGAAGAUGUUUUGAGUCAGUCUAAUUCAAGACUUUUUUUGUUUCUGGUUGUAUUUAGACAGUUGAAUGGUUGCCCCAUUAUGUGCAAUUAAGUCCUGAACGUAGCUUCAAAAAAUGGAUGUGAAUGCUUUAUGUGGUCAUUCCACGAAGAGGAACUUUUUGU